UUACAUAAAGAAAAGCAUGUUGAAGCUUAAAAAAUAGUUUAACGUUUAAUUGUCACCAAAAACUUCAACAAGCUAUGGAAGAAGCAUUUCACCACGCGCACCACUUUUUCCGUCCCGCACUUUUUCCCAAACAAUUGUGCAUUCCCCGGUCGGAGCCAGCAUUUGCCCACCCAAAGCCAGCCGCGGGUCAUUAAAUGCAAUGCAUAUGGUGUAGUUACGCCCGUGAACAGCGCAGCGUCGGUAAACCUGGUGUGGCUGAAUGUGAUUGAUUGGCGUUGGGUCCCGCUUUACUAGGCACCGAUAGAACGACGGCAGUAGUUAUGAACAUUGGGAAUGGCCCCAUACCGGCGGUGGAGCGACAACUUUGUCGGCUUUGUUUGGGAAAGGAAGGCGAAUUGGUAGACAUAUUCGGUGUACAGCAGGCAACGAGCCUGGGUGAACCGUUGCCGGUGCGGAUACAGGGCUGCCUGCAGCUGGAUAUCACACAACACGACAGUCUACCUAAAUGGAUAUGCAAACGGUGUUUGGAGAAGAUCGAUGACUUUACCAGCUUCCGGGAACGAUGCAAGCUGAACGAGCGGAAGCUACUGCUUGGCGGUGAGCAUGGUGGUCCGGGGGAGAGCUUUCACGCUGCGGAGAUGCACUCGGAUGACGGUAGCGAUGAUGAUGCGGAUGACGAUGAGGAAGAAAUGGAAAUGAUUGUCAUCGAUCCCUCGCAAGACUAUGAAAGCUCGAACGACAGUCUUCCGAACGAGGAAGCGUACGAUGAAAAAAGCGCGACAAAUGCGCUUCUUCCGAUACCUCCGCUUACCAUUAGCCGACAGCUGAACGCGACCGCCGAAGAGGAAGACGCGGAUGGUUCCGAUGCCGAGGAAGGCGAGGAGGAGGAAGAAGAGGAAGAGGAAGGAGAAACAAAAUGUGAUACGGUGCUGGCGGGCGAGCAGCGCAAUGGAUUGCCGGAUCCCAUUGGCAGUGGCACCACCACACCGAGCAAGGCACAGAAAACGGUCGUCCACACGUGCAAGUACUGCGAUGUGGCGUUUGGGGCCGCAUCCGCCUGCCAGCUGCACGAAAUGCAAGACCACGAUCUGCUGGCACCGUACGGUUGCAUCUACUGCGAGUACAAAACCUCCAUCCGGACGUAUCUGAUCACGCACAUCCGCGAUUCGCACAGUGUCGCCCGGCCGUACAUCUGUGUGCAGUGCAACAAGGGAUUCAUGCGCCGGUCCGAUCUCAAGAAGCACACGUUCGUGCACACCGGCAUACGGCCGUACGCGUGCGACCAGUGCAGCAAAAGUUUCUCGCGCAACACGAAUCUCAAGAAGCAUAUGCGCACCCAUCUCGGGUUAAAGCCGCACGCCUGCACGGUUUGUGCUCGAUCGUUCGCGAACAAGGCGGACUUGGUGCGGCACCGGAGCUAUCACCAGGAGCUGGUACCGCAACAUUCGUGCGUACGCUGUGGAACGCUGUACACGCAAAAGGAUAAGCUGUACGAGCACGAGCGGUACUGUAUGGGACAGACGGCGUUCAGUUUCGGGCUGGGAGUACCACCGCUGGUAGAGUCGGUAAAGCAGGAGCUACCGUUUCAGGGUAGUUUGGGUGGUUCGAUUCCACCGCCGGAAGGUGUACCGGCGAUGGAACCGAAUCCUGCCCAACCCCGAAUCGUUGACGACCCGCCAACCUACAGUCUGGAUCCUGCUUUACCACCCAACCCGAACAUGCCACAGACUCCACCGUCGAGCAAAAUCUACAGCUGCACGAAAUGUCCCAAACGGUUCCUGAGUAAAGCGAGCCUACGGGCACACCAGAGCACCCAUCCGGCGGAUGAAAAGCGCAUCUACGAAUGUCCCCAGUGUAAGAGCUCGUUCGACGGUAAGCGUGAGUACGAACAGCACCUUCAAACUCACCCCGAGCUGAAACCGUUCGCGUGUCCGACCUGUGGCAAGCGGUUCUCGCGCCGCGACAAACUUCACCGCCACGAGCGUACCCAUCAGCAGGAUCGUAACUUUUGCUGCCCGCACUGUUCGGCCAACUUUGUGCGGAAGGAUGCGUUCGAGUCGCAUCUGAAGAUUCACUGCAAUCCAACCGGGGAUGGUUCGUUGCUCAGCUCGCUGGGACACGUACCGGGCGUACCGGAGCUGAUGGUACCGAUGCAACAACAUUCCCUGCUGUAUUCCAUGGUGCGGGAAGAUGGAACGAUGGCCAUCGAUCCGUCGAUGCGUAUGUGAAGCACGUCUAGGUGCGCUAGAGCGGUUAGCGGUUAAAAGGAUUUUAUACUAAAACUAGCAAGAUUUUUCUUUACAAGAAAUCAUUCUCACCUUACGCUGUACUGCUCGAUCGAUCCAAACUCCCGAUCAAAUUUUUUUGUUGUGUAAAAAUGAGGGAAAUUUAAAUCUUAAAUCUUAACCUUCUAGCAUCAGACCGUGUACCUAGUAUAUGUGUAUAUGUAAGACAAUGCUCGUGCUAAUGGUUCGCGUAAGAAAUAUUCCACAAACAUGGCCAUAGUUUUUCGUUUUGUUUUAGUGUCUCUAUAGUGUACUGUGGUUCAGCGUUCAGGGCCGCGUGCAGAAACAUUUUGCCACUAUGUCAACCUUUAUUUAUGUAUAGCGAUAGUGGGAUGGAAUCGGCGGGAAUGUUCACAUCGUUUAGUUUAAGCUUAAGUGUGCGGCAGUACAGUAGUAGUGCUAAACUAGCGGAAUGUGUUUGCUGUAACGGAAACAAAACUCUAUUUACACCACACCAAGUGUUUCAUCGAUAAAUACAUAACUCAGAACAAAACUAGCGAGCAAAAAGGGGAGACGGAUUAGAGCUGUCGAGAGAAAUUUGUAUCAUAAUUUCCAUUAACUUUAAUAUUUUUUUGGUUUAAAAGUAAUUUAGUUUUUUUUUCGUAA